GCUUUACCUUCAAUUCUGAACUUCCGUCACCUUUGUAUCAUCCUGGUCGUAUUAAACCAAAUAUUUUCUACACUUUCUCACACCGGAGAUGACAUUUUACAGUUCAAGCUUCAAACCAGUAAUAUAGUGCCACUAAUCAUACCCAUCAUGCCGCAGCAUGAACUUUCGGUAGUAUACAAACACACGACAGUGAAAUGCGGGAAUAAGAUUAAUGGGUACGAAAUGAUGGAAGCGCCUGUGGAGGUCACCUGGCCGGCGAAGAAUGAUUUCUACUACACUCUUUUUAUGAUAGGUCCCGAUUCCCGAGUUCGUGAACAGCCAAUUGAUAGAAACUGGCUCCACUGGCUAGUGACAAAUAUUAAGGGAAACGACGCAGGAAAUGGCGACGAAAUAGCAGAGUACUGUGGGUCUCUUGCAGGAUACGAAAUUGGUCUCCAUCGGUUAAUUUACGUCGUAUUUGAAAAUCCAAGCGGGAAGAAAGUCAAAUUGGACUUGAAGCGUAUUGAUGAAGAAGCACCCUACGAAAAACGUACAAAGUUUGAUCUUCUGAACUUCACCAAACAAUACGGUAUGCAUAAGCCGGUAGCUGCAAAUUUCGCUGUCCUCGAUCUUGAGUUUAGACUGCCCGGUCAGUGAUUUACAACAGUUGAAGACUAAAUCUUUGGCUUUUAAAAAUGGUGAUGCUUUCCUCUAGUGAUCUAUUUGCAAAUAGGCACCUUAUAAUUUUUGCUCAAAUACAGCUAAUUUAUUUGUUGAUAAAUAUUUUCUACUUUUUAAAGUUUUGUUUCAAGCAUGUAUUACGCAGCAAUUCUUACACUGAUUUGGCAUAGUUUUGUGCAUUGUUAUCUAGAAUGCAUUCGUUGGCAAUAACUCUUCUUUAAGUUCUUUAUCUUUUGCAUUAUUCCUAAAAUUUUGUGUUAAGCGCUUUCAAAAAAGGUUAUCUUGCAAAACUGAAUUACGUUCAAUUUUUAUAGAUAUACAAUUAUAAUAUCGGUAAAAAUAGGACCUGCUCUGAGGGAAAACCAUUGUUAUGUAUAUUGUAAAUCGUAGUUAAAAAAUUAAGUUUUGUGUCGAUCAUUGUUACGAAAUUCCCCUGAAUAUACCUCCUCUUGGAGAGUCCAUAGAGUGCAGCUGUAUCGAGUAUUUAUUAAAUAAUCAAAGUUCUACAACAAUGGUGAUUGUAUAUUGAUGGUGAAACUCACAAACCUGUAAAUAAUAUAUCAUUUUUAAAAGAA